AUGGAACCUUUCAUUUAUCUCGUUCGCCACGCUGAAGCGGAGCACAACAUUUCCAAACAAUUUUCGCAGCGAGACCCGCCUUUAACUCAAGUCGGCAUUGAGCAGGCAUCAUCUUUGGAGACGACAUUUCCAGAGCCCCGCUCGAUUGCUAUUGUUCUUACGUCGCCUCUUAAACGCGCUCUACAAACUACAUUGGCCGGAUUUUCGCAUGUCAUCGCCCUAGAUCGUGAUGACACCGACAACGGAAUCAGAAAUGCCAGACCUAAUGGCUCUAAGCGCGCUUUGUUGGAAGAGGCUUUCCCAAGCGUCGAUUUCAGCAUGUUGGACAAAGACUGGUUUCUGAAGACUGGAAUUUACGCAGCAGAUGAAGAGAGCGUUGCUCUAAGGGCUAAGGCAUUUCGCGAGAAGCUAUGGGGCCUUGCUGAUUCUGUGCAAAGGGAACAGCCGAUGUCUUCGAGCCACAGUGCAAUUGUAGUUGUCACACAUGGGGUGUUCAUGAAAUACUUGACACUAGAUAAGAAUAUUGACCUUCCCAAGGCAGGGUGGCAAACGUUUCGCUUGGUCAAAAUCACCAAUGGCGAAGUGAUUCUAUCACCCGUUUAG